AUGUGUCCCUGGCAUCCAAAAAAGCGUCCCUUUAGGUCAAAAGUGGUUUUAGAACCGCUAGAAAACAGCGACCGUGAAUUAGAAUCACUUGCAGAAUUGAGCGUUCGUGAUUCAUGGGAAAAUUUGUCAUCAGAGACUGAAAGUGACAAAAGCGACGAUUCUGCGACUGAGCUCAGUGAUGUGCAAACUUGGUGCUCUAUUGACUGUGUUACGGAUCAGGCAGCACCCCCAAGAUCCCCAUUUGCUGGAGCAUCCAGUAUGAAAGUAGACGUUGAACACAACAACCCCCUGGCAUACUUAAAAUUAUUUCUGACCGAUGAGGUUAUUGAAAAAAUAGUUACUGAGACAAAUCGGUACAAAGAGCAACAAUUAGCAACUCUGCAUCGGAAAAAUAGCAGAAAGUGUGAACCAGUGACCAAAGAUGACAUUUGGACAUUUCUGGGACUAAUAGUACUUCACGGAGUGUUGGGGAAACCCCUGCAGAAGUGA